UAGAUGUACUUGGUGGAGAUUUUAGGCAGACACAUCCAGUUGUUCGUAAGGGUACUGAAGCACAAAUUAUUGAUGCUUGUUUGACUAAUUCUUAAUUAUGGGCAUCUCUUUGUCAAUUACAUUUAAAAGAGAACAUGCGUGCACGACUUGAUCUAACUUUUACAGAUUUUCUUCUUACUGUUGGCAAUGGAGUUGAAUGUUUAACAGACGAUUACAUGGUUAAUCUGCCAUCAUCAAUGCUAAUUGAGACUUCCCACAACAUGCCCGGACUAAAUGCACUUAUAGAUUUUGUUUAUCCAACUAUUAAUGUUAAUGCUGAGAAUUUUCCUUUUGCUUCUAAUCGUGUUGUUUUGACCACCAAAAAUUUGUUUGUUGAUGAAAUUAAUGAUAUUUUAAUAAAUAAAUUUCUAGGUAUUGAGAAUAAGUAUAUUAGUUUUGAUGAAACUGCUGAUCCAAAUGAUCAGGCUCAAUAUGAAGACCUUUUGCACUCUUUGACUCCAAAUGGCUUUUUUGCAAAGACUUUCAAAGAAACGUAAUACGUGCAGAGAUAAGUUAUGGACAAUUUGCUGGAAAAAGAAGUUUUUAUUCAUAGAAUUCCAAUGCAACCACCAAGAGGUGAACAAUAUACUGUUGCAUUUAUCAAGUUUCAAUUCCCAAUUAGAUUAUGCUUUGCGAUGACUAUAAACAAGGCCCAGGGCCAAACUUUAGACUUUGUUGGUGUUUAUUUGAAGGAGCCUGUCUUUUCACAUGGACAACUUUAUGUUGCACUUCCACAUGCAAAAAAAUUUGAAAAUAUAAAAAAUUUCAUAAAAGAUUGCUUUUCUUCUUCUUGCA